AUGGGCCAUGCAAAGAUAAUAACCAUCGUCGGAGUCACCGGUAACCAAGGCUCCUCAGUCGCCGACCGAUUCCUCCAAGACCCAAUCUACCACAUCCGCGGAAUCACCCGCAACCCUUCAUCCCCAGCAGCCCAAGCCCUGGCCAAGAAAGGCAUUGAAAUCAUCUCCGCCGACCUAGACGAUGUCUCGAGCCUGAAAACAGCCUUCGCGGGCUCCAACCUCAUCUUCAGCGUCACUAACUACUGGGAACCGUUCUUCCGACCUGACUGUCGCGAGCAAGCCGAACAACAGGGCCUCUCGUGUCGCCGAUACGCCUACGACGUCGAACGCCAACAGGGCCAGAAUAUCGCUGACGCAGCAGCAGCGACAGUCGAUACGCUGGAUGAGAACGGCUUCAUCGCGUCGACGUUAAGUCACGCUCGCAGGGCCAGCAACGGUCGCUUCCAGGAACUGUACCAUUUCGACGCCAAAGCCGACAUAUUCCCAGACUAUGUGCAAGAAAAGCAUCCCCUUCUCGCACGGAAAAUGUCCUGCAUCCAGACAGGAUUCUUUAUGACGAGUCACAAGCUAGUCCCAGAUGCAUACUUUCACCAGGCAGAUGAUGGGUCCUGUGAGAUGACAUUCCCGACUGCACCAGAUAGCGCUGUUCCUCACUUCGACGUCAACGCUGAUAUGGGGACGUUCGUGUAUGCUGUUUCGCGCAUGCCCCCGGGGAAGGCGUAUCUGGCUGAAGGGACGACGUGUAGUUGGAGCGAGUAUCUGGCUUUAUGGAGUAAUAUUACUUCGAUGGAGGCUGCGUAUCGACAGGUUAGUCUGCAGGAAUUGAUUGCUGGGACCCCUGAUAAGGAGUUUGGGAGGGAGGUAGGCGAUAUGUUGCUUUAUUCUACCGAUCCGGGGUACGAUGGUGGGGAUGAAGGGCUUUUGAAGGCUGAGAAUAUACGGAAGGCUGGGAUUGAGUGUUCCAUGACUACUUUGGAAGAGUUUAUGAAGAAGGAGGACUGGUCCGAAGUGUUGCGGAAGUUCGGCCGGGGUCAGUGA